GAACAAACGUUCAUCGUUCACCUAUGUGAUAAAACCUGCAGUGCAAUAAACCUGUCGGCCGGGAUUUUUGGCGAUAACCUUUCCGGAUCGGUGAUAAUACGCGCGAAUUGUUUCGACCGCGACUGCUGUUCUCUCAUCGCAUUCGACAUCACGCACUACACCCGGCAGGAUCCACCUCGGUUUUCACGGCCGGGCUGACUGAACUAUCAUUUUUUAUUUUCAUCGAAAUACUAUUAUAAUCGAUAGUGUUGUUUUCUCGUGGCGUCCAUACGGUGUGUACAUAUCAUGUAUAGAACACAUUGUUAGUACUAGCCGGUAACCUUUGUACCAACCGAGUCGUAACAAUACACAACUAUACGUUGUCGUGACAUUUUCGAGACAUUUCCAUUGUCGAUCGCGAGUUUCGUUAAGGCCACUGUCUACGUGGCGGGUAUCUGUUUCGUCUCACCAGCAUCAUCGCCUGCACUUACCGAGAUAGUACUGUUAUCGUUAUUGUUAUAAUCAUCAUAAUAUUAUAGUGUUCCCGCCAGCGCACCCAAAGGUUCGCAACUUGAGUCUCGUCGGCUUGACGACGGUAACUAGUGGAUAUUAUACGUCAUACCAUAAACCACGACGACGGUAAACCACUGAGCCAUGGUGGAAGUACAGUCGCAGACAGGGAGUCCCAAGCCAAUGGUGAUUAGGAGGUGCACGGAAGUGCCCAUGGCCAUGGGGUCACCCACGGCGUCGGAGAUGACGCGUCGUCGGCGACGGCGCUCUCGUCUCAUGUCAAAUGCCUCGUCAGUGGUGUCAGCCGCAGCCGCCGGCAUCCCGGCCUCCGAAAAACACAAGAUAUCCAACAACGAAGCACUUAUGCACUUGGUAAAGGCCACUAUCGGUGGAGGUUUUCUGGCCAUGCCUGAGGCUUUUCACAACAUCGGUAUAGUGAUGGGGGUCAUAGGCACCUCAAUUCUAGGCCUUUCCGUGUUGAACAUGAUGUCGUGCAUAGUUCGGUGCUCGCAGACAAUGCGGUCUGGCAAAUAUGUUGACAUAAUCUUGGCUGAACAGAAUGGUAAAAAAACCGUUGGCAAUGGAGAUGAUGAUGGUAACAAUGGCAGUAAACAGCUGGCAAGACAGCGGCACAGCAAUGAGUUGGUGCUACCAUCAAUGGACUAUCCCGACACCGUGGCCAAUGUCUUAAAGUAUCGCGCCCAUGGCCGGUUCGCCAGGUUCGCGUCAUUUGCCAGAAACUUUACAAGUGCCUCGCUGGUGGCAACCUAUUAUGGAGUGAACAUCAUAUACGUGUGCAUCGUAUCCAGCACGUCUAAACAGCUCAUCGACCAGUAUACUUCCGAAGCGUCUGAAGACUCGUGGAGCCAUUCACUGCACGGUAUUUCCAUUCGCUGGUACCCGAUCAUCAUCUCGGUGCUAAUUUUGCCUGUGGGUAUGAUCCGAUUAAUGAAAUACAUGGUCCCGUUCUCGGUGGCCGCCAACGCGUGCAUGCUUUCUGGUACCGUGGCCGUGUUCUACUUCAUUGUAUUUGGCGAUGGCAGCCAGGACCCGAUUCCACCCGAGGAACAAGCCAAGUUGGUGGUAUGGCCGGCCACCCGAUGGACGCUGUUCGCUGGCAGCUCCCUUUGCUCAUUGGAAAGCGUCGGAAUGUUGUUGCAUAUUGAGAAUGCUAUGAGCAGGCCGCUGGAACUCGCUGGACCACCUUACACGCUGCACCGGUCCGUGGUGGUCAUUAUCAUAAUGAACAGCGUGCUGGGACUGUUUGGAUAUUUGCGAUACGGCGACCAGUGCGCGGGAAGCAUAUCACUCAACUUGCCACAGGACAACCAUCUGUCGCAAGUCAUCAAAAUGAUGAUCGCCGCGGGCAUCUUGCUGACAUAUGGACUACAGCUAACGGUGACCACAGACCUGGCGUGGCAAGGACUGCGUAGCAAGGUUGUUAAGUCCAUGGGUGGAUCUGAUAGUGAUGAUGCAGAGGACGACGAUUUUCGCCAAAAAUGAUAGCGUACUACUACGGUAUGCGGUUCAUCAUGAUACUCGGCUCCAUAAUGGUGGCCGUAGCCGUGCCAGACAUCGGGCCACUCGUAUCGCUCGUGGGCUCCGUCGGGUUCUCGUUGCUGGGCCUGAUCGUGCCCGUCAUCAUGGAAACCGUGUGGUAUUGGUCCGAAGAAGACGAAGACGACGACUGGAAUGGGGCGGUGACUGCUUCAGCGACGACGGUGACAACCUCGGAGACGACGGUGACGGACGCGGGGACGACCUCGACGACAGUGAACGACGGGUCAGCCUUAACGGCGGCCGUCGCAGCUGGUGAAGGUGAACGCAGGCUGAUGAUUCGCGGCGGCGGCUUUCGCCGGGCCAUACGGCAUUUGAAGAACCUGAUACUCCUUCUGCUCGGCUUGAUGGCGUUGGUUGGAGGCGCAUUUUACAACAUCCGUGACAUCGUGUCCAGGGCUUCUGGAGACGGAUCGCCAGCACCUACCAUCUGAUGGACGCGGUUAUCUUCCGCGGACGAUUUUUAAUACAAAAUUCUUUUUGUUCUUGUUGUGUAUAAUAUAAUAAUAGAGUUUAAAUAUUAUAAACGUUUAAUUGUCAUAACCACAGAUAUGCAGGUACUAUAAAGUGGAUAAAAUAUGGUUGAAACACGAUGCCAUUAUACUAUUAUACGCAAAGAGG